AUGGUAAUCUUUAUGAAAUAUUGUGAAAUUAAUGUAUUACUUGGAAUAUAUCUAUGCAGGGCGAUUGUGGUGGGGUUAGGCGGUGUGCUGUGGAGUUGGAACGCUCUGAACUGUAAGGAGGAGGCAAUGGCGGCAGGAAGACGGCCACCUCCACCACCACCUAAGGAGAAGAAUGAUCCGACAGUGAGCGGAGUUCAAGCUAAGGUAUUGGCGAGCAAGAAGCGUAAAGAAGCAAUGAAAGCAUCCAUGGCUAAACUUAGAGAGAAAGGCAAACCUGCUGUUGUUGAAGAAGAACCAUCUUCUUCUUCUUCUGAACAAUAG